GCGUCUCAUUCCAUCACGGUCAAGCCUGCCGGGAGGGGGUUUCAGCUUAACAGCUCCGCAGUUAUCAUAUAAUUUAGAAAGUCUUUCAAAAUUUAUACUUAUAACAAACAUCGUCUUUUAUUUAAUUAAAGUAAAAAUAUUCGUGUAGCAUACUUUACGGGUAAACGUCGUUGAAGACAGUAAUUUGUAUUAAAGGAAAGCUAAGUUAACAUUUGAGAUCAGUCCGUGGUGCUAACAAAGAAAAUCCUUUCUCUUCGGAAAUAAUCCCCCACUACUCUCUUUAGUUAUGAGUCAUGUGGUCGUUGAUAAUCCACACGGUCUAGAUCAGCAGCUUGCUGCCCUAGACUUAAACUCUGACGGACAAGGCGGAGGAACUGGCAGGCGUUACAUUCCACCUCACUUGAGGAACAAAGAUGCUUCCAAAAAUGCAGGAAAUGCUUAUUCCGCUGGUAGACAGUGCGGUUAUUCAGUGGCACCAGUAAAUUUCUAUUCACCUGGAUGGGAUGCCGGACGCACCAAUGGAUUUGUGAAUGGUUACCAUGACAACCGCUCAAAUGGGGGCUUUGGAGGGCGUGGACCCUCUCGCAAUGAUAGAGGUGGGCGUGGCGCCUACCGUGGUAACAGGGGUGGAGGCUCGUUUAAUCAACCAUUACAAAAUGCAGGGUUUGGGAAUUUUGAAAACAAAGAUGGUGGCUGGGGAGGACCUCCUAGGGAUGCUGCCUACAACAGCUUUGGAGGCCGAAAUGACAGGUCCAAAUCUGCCUUCUUCAAUGACCGUGGGGCGGGCUCAAGAGGAAGAUAUGAGCGUGGAGGCUUUGCCGGUGGAGGAAAUAGCCGCUGGGUGGAGGAUGCCAGAGAAGAUGACUGGUCCAAACCCACUGCUCCCAACGAGCGUUUGGAACAUGAGCUUUUCUCUGGAAGCAACACUGGGAUAAAUUUUGAGAAGUAUGAUGAUAUUCCUGUGGAGGCUACUGGUGCAAACAGCCCACCCCACAUUGAGAGUUUCCAUGAUGUGGACAUGGGUGAGAUCAUCAUGGGGAACAUCACCCUGAGCAGGUACACUCGUCCCACCCCUGUUCAGAAGCACGCCAUCCCAAUCAUAAAGUCCAAGAGAGACCUGAUGGCCUGCGCCCAGACUGGCUCUGGUAAGACUGCUGCUUUCUUGCUGCCGGUGCUGAGUCAGAUCUACACCGACGGAGCAGGAGAUGCUCUGCAGGCUGCAAAGAACAGUGGUCAGGAGAAUGGAAGGUAUGGCCGGCGUAAACAGUACCCAAUCUCCCUCGUCCUGGCUCCGACCAGAGAACUAGCUUUGCAGAUCUAUGAUGAGGCGAGGAAGUUUGCCUACCGCUCACGGGUGCGUCCCUGCGUGGUUUAUGGCGGUGCUGAUAUUGGCCAGCAGAUCAGGGAUUUGGAGAGAGGCUGUCACCUGCUGGUGGCCACACCUGGACGUCUGGUUGAUAUGAUGGAGAGGGGCAAGAUCGGCCUGGACUACUGCAACUACUUGGUUCUGGAUGAGGCUGACCGCAUGUUGGACAUGGGUUUUGAGCCACAGAUCAGGCGCAUAGUGGAACAAGAUACAAUGCCACCUAAAGGCAUCCGUCAAACUAUGAUGUUCAGCGCCACUUUCCCCAAAGAGAUCCAGAUCCUGGCUCGUGACUUCCUGGAGGACUACAUUUUCCUGGCAGUGGGGCGUGUUGGUUCCACUUCAGAAAACAUCACCCAGAAGGUGGUUUGGGUAGAGGAGACCGACAAGAGGUCCUUCCUCCUGGACCUGCUCAAUGCCACAGUUAUUCCCAGUGAGGUUCAGGAAAAUGUGACAGAGACCCCAGAGAAGCCAGGAAAAGAUUCCCUGACUUUGGUAUUUGUUGAAACAAAGAAAGGAGCCGACGCUCUGGAAGACUUUCUUUACCGCGAGGGUUACGCCUGCACCAGCAUCCAUGGAGAUCGAUCCCAGAGGGACAGAGAGGAAGCUCUGCAUCAGUUCCGGUCUGGACGCUGUCCCAUCUUGGUGGCUACAGCUGUGGCUGCUCGAGGUCUGGACAUCUGCAACGUGAAGCACGUCAUUAACUUUGAUUUGCCCAGUGACAUUGAGGAAUACGUUCACCGUAUUGGCCGUACGGGACGUGUGGGCAACCUUGGUCUGGCCACGUCGUUCUUUAACGACAAAAACAGCAACAUUACCAAAGACUUGCUGGACAUCCUGGUUGAGGCCAAGCAGGAGGUUCCCUCCUGGCUUGAGAGCCUGGCCUACGAACACCAGCACAAGAGCACCAACCGAGGACGCUCCAAGAGGUUCUCUGGCGGUUUCGGAGCUAGAGACUACCGUCAGGCGUCUGGUGGUGCUGGAAGCUUCAACAGCAACCGUUCAGGGCGCAACACUGGAGGAAAUCGUGGCUUUGGUGGCGGUGGCUUUGGUGGCAACUUCUACAGCAACGAUGGCUACGGAGGAAAUUACAGCCACUCUGGAAGUGUAGAUUGGUGGGGGAACUAGUCAGCAUAGGAAUAGGUUGCCAUGCCAACCCAGUGGAAACCACAUGUUAACUUAAGCCAGACCAUACCAACCUUCCCUGUGUAGCUUCACUGACACACAGUACAUUACCAACCCUGGUUCUCUGCCAUUCGCUUCUCUCAUAAAGGAAGUGCAGCACGACGCAAAGGAAAUCACCAGCAUGUGCAAAGCACUGGAGACGGCAGAGAUUCACACACCUCAGAGUGAGCAUGGAUGCUGACGUGCAUUGUCUGACAGUAACGUUGGACUUUCAUUGUUCAAAGUAUUUUUGUUCUUUUUUUGCGGGGAGGGAGGGGCUGGGGGGACGGGUGGGGGGGACCCAACUGAGUAACCUGAGGAUCAUUUGUAUGUUAAUGUACUGUGCCUUUUGAAUUUAAACGGGAAAUUUCAAUGUUUUCAUUUCACCAGAUGAACCUGGCCAAGAGCUCUAAAUUUGUUUUUACUAUUUUGUUUGGUGAAAUACUAGAAAGGUAAAAUAAGCUUGGACUUAAUCAAACCUUGGCAAACACUUGGGUGUUGUGACUUUUGAGUCAUGAUUCCAUUUGAACCUCAAAUUUUUGCAGGAACAUCAUGUAGCUUUUUCUAUUGUCAAACAGCUAAUGGAGUCAUUACUAUAUCUGAAAAACUGGGCCACUCUGUGAAGCAACUGUGUUUUAAUCCUAAGGGACAAAGUUACAUUAGUUUUUCUUUGUUUUUGCUCACUCUAUCCUGGACAGGCUCCUUUUUAUGGACAUGGUCGUCUUUGAAAUAGCCAUUCCUAUUGUAAUCUUAAGAAACACAGAAGUCGUUAAGCUCAGUGCCAACAAUCGCUGAGGUAAAAGAAAUAAAUGCUGGAACUCGUUACUCCACUUUUCAAUUGACUUGACAGUGUUAUGGCAGCUAGUAUGUUACCAAGUGCUAGCUACAUUAAGUGGGCGGUGUUUUUUUUGUUUUUUUUUACUUGACAUUUUCGGUGCAGGCGUUUGCAAAUUUUAAAAAACUGAGUCAGUUUUUUUUUCUUUUAUAAUUGUUUCUCUACAAAUGUAAAUCAAACGAUGCCUGCCAUCUUGAAAGUGAAGUUCAAAAUGGCUGCAUAAAGGACCACAGCAUCGGGAGGGCUGAGCGUGGUUGACAUUAAGUUAAUUGACCUGCAGCCACGAGGCCCUUAUGGUAUUCUACGCUUGCAAGUGUUUUGUUUUUUGGUCAAGGAGAAAGGACACGUGAACUGAGUCGCAGGCUUAACUUUAUUACAAACGUUUUCUCUUUUCAAGCUGCGUUGGAGGCAUGGCUCAUCUUCAAGAGACAGACAUUCUGAACGAUCACUGAGGUUUUCAAUUUACCAGCGACGAACGAACAGAGCGGGGUCGAGCAGCACUCCGACCACGAGGAAAAGGGGAAUGGGAGGGGCGUGAUAUUUUUUCAGUGCACCGCCGCUGGCAGUGGCUUCAGUUUCCAUAGCUGCGUAGCUGAAAUGUGGAGGUGGCCAAAGAUGGAGGGGGUGUAUACGCCUCCUUUAUGGAACAUACAAGUACUGUCGGGUCUUCUGGGAGUUCAUCUGCUCAGAUAUUUACAGGAAAAAUAAAAAUCCGCGGCUUUUCCUCUUAAAGAGGAGCAGCCUUUGAGGGGCAGAGAGGCAGGGCGUCCGCGAAAAUGUUCCCAAUUCUCAUCAGGUGUGUUGUGCCUUGAAACCUUUAUUUUUUUCUUAAAGAAAUAGAUCUAAAAGCGGAUGCACUGACAGUGUUGAGAACUUGAGAUUGAAUGGUGCUACUUGAUUUAGGCGUGUAGGCCCUUGUAUGUCGUGCCCAUAAAGUUUUACAAAAGUUGUUUUAUUGCACAUCUAGAGUUUUAUAUAGAUGUCUUGGAUAUGUGUCCUUAAGCUUCCAAAUAUGUGUGAGGAGAUUGUGGGGGGAGAAGAAAAAAAACGCAGCUUGUUUAUAAAGGGGGAAGGGCUCUCAACAUUUAAAACCAGGAAUUAUUUGGGACCAGGGGAUUUAGCAGUCGGGGGGGAAUUUAGCCAUUUGCACAGAUUUCUAGAUUCUACUUUUGCUGCUAGUUUUGUGUAAUUUAUUAAGCAUUUUUGACAAAUAUUUAUUUUUGUAAGCCUCAAAGUGAUUCUUUGAAAGUUUCAGAAACUUGACCAAAAGACAGUACAAAAAACACUGGCACUUGAAUGUUGAAUGUCACCUGUAUGCGUGAAAUUUAUAUAUUUCGGGGUAGUGUGAGCUUUUUAAUGUUUAAGAUACAUUGGACUCGGUAAAUAUCCACAGCUGUUUCAAGGCCUCCUCAUGGCCAGUCAUCUCUAUUAAAAUAUACCAAUUGGUCAUCAAAAUUUGAAGUGUAAUUGAACAAACAUGCCAAGGUUUGGAAUAAAGCUGUCAAAAAAGAGCAAAUAAAUUUCCUAAGCAUAUCAGUGCAGAAGUGUUCAGAUUCUCUAACUGUGUGCAUUAUUGGUUCUUUAGUCUAAUUUGACCUAAUUGUUUUUCUCCAGUCAAUGUCUGGCACAUGGCAAUCCUUAAAGAAACAAACAUGUGGUUUAAUCUCAUUGUUGUAUUUGCAUAUAUGACACCUCUCGAGUUGUCCUCGAGUGUGGAGUAGGUCGGUAGCUUUGAUUCAUUUCCAGACUGCGGUUUGGAAACGAAUAGGUGGUUCUGUGCAGAACCGGAGACUUGUUCCACCAUCUCUGGAGAACCCCAGAGCUCUUUAGAUGUAGACUUUGCUUUUCUGUAUUAGCUUCUAGGCUACUGCACUGCAUGGGAAGUACUCAGCUGUGCAACUUGUAUGAUUUUACUAAAAUAAAAAGUUUGAAUGCGGAAGUAUCUGGAAAAUCAAGCAUGUUUCACCAAUAAUUGUUUACUGUAGAUAUGCAGAGAAGACUUGUAGCAAAGCAGCCUGCUGCCUUGUGUGGGUUCAAGGCAGACAGGUGGCAAAUUCAAUUUGGUAUGGAUUGGAUGAGCUUUGUUUAUUUUGAAAAGUGCAUAAAAGAUUUCCUUUGUAAAUUAAA